AAGAUAAUGUGAGAUUAAAGGGAGUAUUAAAAUGAGUGGCUCACCGAACUCUCUUUAGCCAAAGUAAACCAUCACUCUAAUCAAAGUUAAACCAAAAUUUCCAAAAACAAGAUUCACCAUUAUUGAACCUCCAACACAUUAACCAUGGAAGAACAACAAUCACUUCCUCCUCAUGUACUAAUCUUCCCUUUACCAUUACAAGGUCCUGUUAACUCCAUGUUCAAACUUGCACAACUCCUUUGUUACUCAGGGUUACACAUAACUCUCUUACUCACUGAAAACAUCUACAAUCGUCUUGUACUUCAUACUGAUAUCACUUCAAGAUUUGAUCAUCAGUUUCAUGGUUUGCAAAUCAAGACGAUAUCGGAUGGACUUCAUGAUGAUCACCCUCGUGAGGGUAGUAAGUUUAUGGAGGUCUUUGAAUCUCUGAGGACUAAAACAAAGAUGUUGUUUAAAGAUAUGUUGACUUCUGAUUUGCUAUGUGAUGGUGGGAGAAGAAGAAGAGUUGGAUGUAUUAUUGCUGAUGGUAUUUUGGGGUUUACUUGUGAUGUUGCUGAGGAGAUUGGUGUGCCUGUUUUUUGUGUUAGGACUAUUAGUCCAUGUUGUCUUUGGAUCUUCUUUUGUCUUCCUAAGCUUAUUGAAUCUGGAGAAUAUCCAUUCAAAGACGAUGACUUAGAUGAACCAAUCAGGAGUAUUCCUGGAACUGAAACUUUUCUCCGGCGACGUGACCUACCGGGCUUUUGCCGCUCUGGCGAUUUGGAAGACUCAAAUAUCCAACUCUUCGAAAUAGAGGGUCAAGAAAAUUCGCGCGGUUAUGGUCUACUACUCAACACAUUUGAAGAGCUAGAUUCCCCCAUUCUCAAUCAAAUGCGAACCAUUUGUCCAAAUCUGUACCCCAUUGGACCCCUCCAUGCAAAUUUAAAGAAGAAGCUAACUAUUGAAAAUACUUCAUCACGAUCAUCAUCAAGCAGUUUGUGGACAGAAGACAGAACCUGCAUUGAUUGGCUAAACAAUCAGCUACCGAAUUCAGUAAUCUACGUUAGCUUUGGGAGUGUCGCCACGAUGACUAAUGAGCAAUUGAUGGAAUUUUGGUACGGAUUGGUUAAUAGUGGACAAAGAUUUUUGUGGGUGAUUAGGCCGGAUUCUAUUCCUGGUGAAGACUGGAAAACCAAGAUUCCCGCGGAUUUAGCAAUGGGUACGAAAGAAAGGGGAUAUAUUGUGGGGUGGGCUCCACAAGAGGAAGUAUUGGCUCACCCUGCUGUAGGUGGAUUUUGGACUCAUUGUGGAUGGAAUUCGAUUCUCGAGAGUGUUUAUGAGGGAAAGCCAAUGAUUUGUUGGCCUUAUUUUCUGGACCAACAAGUGAAUAGUAGGUUUGUUGAAAAAGUUUGGGAACUUGGGCUUGACAUGAAGGAUACAUGUGAUAGAGAAAUUGUAGAGAAAAUGGUCAAGGAUUUGAUGGUAGUGAGAAAAGAUGAGUUUUUGGAAAGAGCAAAUCAUAUGUCUAAAUUAGCUAAGAAUUGCUUGAUGGAAGGUGGAUCAUCUUAUUCUAACUUUGAACGUCUCGUGAAGGACAUUAAAUCUUUAAGUGAUAAGGUUUAAUCAUCAUCGAGAUGAAGAUCAAAUUCACACGAUCCUUCCAAGAUAGAGGCUUCAAUCCUUGUUAGAAUCGUGCGUUUUUUGUCUUGUUAUUCGAGAUGACACUUAGCCGGAUGCUUUUGAAGUUGUACCUUUUGUUUUUGUUUCAAUUAGGAUGUACACAUAUUCCCCACACACAACCAUAGUGUGUCUCUUGAAAGUAGAAAAUAAUCAAGAUGAUAUUUUGCGUA